AUGAGCCACCGCUCGUCCGUCAGCAGCAGCAUAGCUGGAAUGCCAACGGCGCUGCGUAACGAUUCCAUAUUGUAUCUGACGAUUCUCUCAGCCCGUAGCUUGAAAAAGGUUCAGACAUUGGGCGAACAAGACCCGUAUUGCAGUGUGUACUUAACAACAGGAGGAAAGGAACAAGAGAAAGCGGCGUUUAAAACAGACACACACGACAAUGGAGGGACGCAGCCAAUGUGGAACGCCAAGGGCCACAUUUUGAUUCCCGAUAUCUCAACCGACGUCGUGCGCUUUCGCAUUAAAAACAACAAUUGGGGGAAAAAUACAGUGAUUGGAGAAAUCGCGCUUGCAAUGCGAGACCUUUCGCGUGGAAGGUCCAUGGAGAAAGAAUUCGCACUGACCCCCCAGGGUUAUCUGAAGGUGCUGAUGUAUCUCUCACUGGGUCAUGAAAACCCGACCUCACAGCCUCGCGUCAAGUUUGGCGAAUAUCCAAUGCAUUUCAUUCCUGGGAAAUCCAAACUCUACUUAGGUCUUAUCUCGGGUAGUAAGCUGCGUGAUAUUCAAGCAUUUGGCACGCAAGACCCAUACUGUGAAGCUUACCUCGGUCGAAACCGAACGCCGUCCGCCAAAGAUUUGAUUUAUAGAACGAAAACUCACGACAAUGGAGGAAAGAAUCCACGCUGGAUCGAGGGUAUUACUGUCGGCGUGCGAUGUAUCGAGCAUGACUUUCUUGUGAUUCGCGUGAUGAACGACAACACUGUCAAAGAUACGCUCAUUGGGGAGCUUUCUUUAAAAGUAGAAAUGCUAAUCGGACGUAGUUUUGAAGAUAAAAGUUAUCCUAUUGAAGCAGGCGACACCAUUGUAGGGCAAAUACGACUUCAGCUUGCUUUGUUUAAUGACGAGAUUAUGGAUGAAGAAGAGAUUCGCGAUUGUGACGUAGACGGUUGUUCGUGCACUUCAAUACAUCCGGUUCGAGCUACAAAGGUUGGAGACGUGCUGAUCGAUGGCAUUUCGCCUGAGGGUGUGCAAUAUUUAGAAGCCGGGACUGCCGUACACACUGGCUGUGAAUUAGCUGGAAAUUACGUAUUAGAAAAAGAUGUAUACGAAGGUGGUGGUUGGCAGGGUGAGGAGCUUCGACUUGAUCAAUUAAGCACGUUUUCUGACGACUGGGAAGUAUGUAAAUCCGCUCUCCGACUUUGA